GCUUCAAAAUCAAGAGCAGGUCCAGGUAGUACCAGGUAGUUGCAUCUGUCUUCCCCUCGCUCCUCCUGCAAAACUAUGGCCUCGAAACCUGUCGCAUCCCAGUUCCUUUCCCUCAACCACCGCGGCUGUGACGAUGACGACGAUGAUUUCCAGGUUCCCCCAACCCAGAUCUCGUCCCUCCUGCCUCCGGCUUCUGGAAGACUCCUCACCACUGCUUCCCAGAAAAACCCGCUCAAGCGCUGCAACAAUAUCCACCGUCCAUCGAAGAAGCCGAAGCGCCGCGCGAAUCCUGGAAAAGAGAACACGGUUCCCGACGCUCAGAGGACUGGGUCCGACGAUCUUCACUGGUUAGAUGAGUGCUGUAGCUUGGAAUCGAUACCAUCGAGCAUAGAUUGCAGCUUCGGUAAAGUUCAAGAUGGGUAUUUCGAUUCUGUUGGGUCCGAUGAGAAAAAGGAGUUGGUGAAAAUCAAUCAGGGUUAUAUAUGCAAUUCCAUAGAGUCUAGAUUGAUGAGGCCGAGGUUAGAAUGCGAGCCAGAUGUUGGUAAUGGUAGCCGGAAUGAGGAUUUUGGGGAAGAAAGCGAGCUCGAUGCAUUGCUUCAGCUAUGCAACGAAGUAGAGGAGCAAGAAAUUAACAGCAAUGGCAAUGAAAGAAAUGGUUCCGGCCACGGUCUGGUUCAGUGUCCACUUUGUGGGGUUGACAUUUCCGCUUUGAGUGAAGAGCAGCAGCAGGUUCACACCAAUGACUGUCUUGACAAAGCGGAGAAUCCUGUUCAAGAAGGUAUUGUCCUCAAUGAGGAGGAACCUCCUUAUCCCUCAGAAGUUGUUAAUGAUUCUCUUAAGUCUACUCGGCAAGUUGAUGUCUCCCCUGUUAUUACGUGGCUAAGCGACCUGGGUUUAGAUAGAUAUGCGGAGGCUUUUGUUCGUGAAGAGAUUGAUUGGGACUCUCUAAAGUGGCUGACUGAAGAGGAUCUCUUUAACAUGGGUGUCACCACACUUGGGCCCAGGAAAAAGAUUGUUCAUGCCCUUGGUGAACUCAGAAAAGGGUGCAGCAUUCCAGAUAAGACACUUGUGGAGCAUGCCUGUGGUGAGAAUGGAUCAGGCAAAAGCAACAGAGUGGAGAGACUUGGCAAUGCCUCUAACAAUGCUGAUGCUGAAACGAGUAAACUUGCUGCAAACAAGUUGAUUACAGAUUAUUUUCCUGGCAAUUCUGCUAAUAAGAAUAAAGUCUGCACCGCUGCAAUUGAGCAGCAUUCAUCUGGGAAAAAUGAUUCAGGUUCUAGGAGGAAGCAGGUUCGGAAAAAUCACAAUAAAAAUGGGAAACUAAAAGAAAUUCCCUCAUGGUGUUGCAUUCCAGGGACACCAUUCCGAGUGGAUGCUUUCAAAUAUCUUAGAGGAGAUUGUUCCCACUGGUUUCUUACUCACUUCCAUAUGGACCAUUAUCAAGGUUUAACAAGAUCAUUCUGCCAUGGAAAAAUUUAUUGCUCCUUGAUCACGGCAAAGCUUGUAAAUACUAAGAUUGGAAUCACAUGGGAUAGAUUACAAGUUUUGCCUCUUAACCAAAAGAUCAGUAUUGCUGGUACAGAUGUGUUGUGCUUGGAUGCAAACCACUGUCCAGGAUCUAUCAUGAUACUAUUUGAACCACCCAAUGGUAAGGCUGUUCUCCACACAGGGGAUUUUCGCUUUAGUGAGGAAAUGGCAAGCAUGUCUAUUUGGCAUAUGCAUCCAAUCCAUACCCUCAUCCUUGACACAACUUACUGCAAUCCCCAGUAUGACUUCCCAAAGCAGGAAGCUGUAAUACAGUUUGUCAUUGAGGCAAUCCAAGCAGAGGCUUUCAACCCUAAAACUCUUUUCCUUAUUGGCAGCUAUACAAUUGGAAAAGAAAGGUUGUUCUUGGAGGUUGCUCGUGUUCUUCGUAGGAAGGUUUAUGUAACUGCAACAAAGCUCCGUCUUUUAGAAUGCUUAGGGUUCUCUAAAGAAGACAUGCAAUGGUUUACCUAUAAUGAACAGGACAGCCAUAUUCAUGUUGUUCCUAUGUGGACACUUGCGAGCUUCAAACGUUUGAAACAUAUAUCCAACCAAUAUGCGGGUCGAUUCAGUUUAAUAGUUGCUUUCUCUCCCACUGGCUGGACAUUUGGGAAGGGAAAGGGGAAGAAGUCUCCAGGGAGAAGAUGGCAGCAGGGGACCAUCAUAAGGUACGAAGUGCCAUAUAGUGAGCAUUGCAGCUUCACAGAACUUCGAGAAUUCGUGAAACUUGUAUCUCCAGAAACCAUAAUACCAAGUGUAAAUAACGAUGGACCAGAUUCUGCCAGUUCCAUGGUUUCUCUACUUCAGUACUGAGUUCUACCUCUUCUGUCUUGACACACAAGCAACUAGAAGCUACCUACUACCCAAUACUCUGUGAUACAUAUGUAGAAAAAUGGAGACUCAGAGUUUAUGUUCUAAUUUGUAAUCCCCAACUCUGUAAAUUCUCCGACCACGGUAAACUUAGAAUGAUUCCCACUAUAUAUAUAUAUAUAUUUUAAUGAAAUUUCACUGUUUUG